AUGGUCACCAGACCUAUUGCUACCCCAGUUUUGAUCGAAGCCUUGGGGAUUCUGAACGUGGCUGAGGCGGAAAAUUGGCCAGCAAGAAGUGAACAGAUUGGAAUUGCGUUUCGACGGUUCAUCUAUCGCUAUGCUGGGAGUGAUGGUCAUGGAAAAGAGAUUGUACGUGACUUAGGCGCUUUUAUAGCUGUCGACCGCGAGAUUUCUAGAAAAUUCCGCGUCAUGGCAGCAUUUCGAAGACAAAGUUCUUGGGCGCGCUGGCUUCCUAAGCUCAACAGCACUGCCAAUAUUGACCAUCAAGCUAUCGAGAUGUACUUGGUUGGUCCUGCUGCUAAGCCUCUUCGACAGGCGAUGUCUAAAAAGGCCCAGAAACAGGGAACAACACCGAUGUGGUGUUAUGGUUGUGGGAUGGGCGCGGUUGUGGAUGAUUGGUGCCGAACUUGCUUUUUGGGAUACUGUGGCUCCGAAGACUGUGCAAAGGGUUUCCAUAUACAUGAUUGUCUAUAG